AUGAAGAGGCGUCUUCUGAGCAGAGCAUUUCUGUGCACGUGUCACGUGUGCGUCCUGCCACGGGAGGUUCCCCCGGCCCAGAUGGCUCACCCGUGUGACGCGUGUGGCCCCGUCUUGAAGGAUGUUUUGCAUCCAGAUGCCCACCAGGAAGCCCCUUACGGACCAAACCCACACACCUGUGAGGCCUGUGGGAGGCAGUUCGCACGUGGGGCAGACUGUGACCGGCGCCAGGAGCAGCGCAGCGCAGAGACGCCCGUGGGGAGGGACACGGGCGAGGCCACGCUUGUGAGGAACGGUGGCGUCUGUGAAGGACCUCACCCCCCAGAGAAGCCCUGUGCGUGCGUGUGCGUGUGCGUGUGCGAGGGGGGACGGGAGAGCUCCCGGGCAGGUGCGGACAGCCGCCAGCCAAAGGCCGCCCCCCGCAGGAGGAAGACCAGGAGCAGCGAGAGCGGGGCGGCCUGCCACCCGGGACAGACGCGUUACAGCUGCAGCAAGUGCGGGAAGGCCUUCGGCCGCAGAGACACGCUCGUGCAGCACGAGAAGAUCCACUCCGGGGAGCGGCCGUACGGGUGCGGCGAGUGCGGGAAGGCCUUCGGCCGCAGGGCCACGCUCCUGCAGCACCGGAGAACACACACCGGGGAGAGGCCGUUCGCGUGCGGCGAGUGCGGGAAGGCCUUCAGCCGCAGGGACAACCUCACGCAGCACAGAAGGACUCACACCGGAGAGACGCCUUACAAGUGCGGCGAGUGCGGGAAGUACUUCAGCCAUCACUCCAAUCUCACCGUGCACCAGAGGGUGCACAACGGGGCGAGGCCUUAUAAGUGCAGCGACUGCGGGAAGGUGUUCAGACACAAGUCCACGCUUGUCCAGCACGAGAGCAUCCACACGGGAGAAAACCCUUACGCCUGCAGUGAUUGUGGAAAGUCCUUCGGCCACAGGUACACCCUCAUUAAACACCGGAGGAUUCACACCGAGAGCAGGCCCUUCGAAUGCACCGAGUGCGGGAAAUUCUUCAGCCGGAGCUCUGACUUCAUCGCACACCAGAGAGUUCACACGGGCGAGAGGCCUUUUGUGUGCAGCAGAUGCGGGAAAGAUUUCAUAAGGACCUCCCACCUUGUCCGGCACCAGAAAGUGCACACGGGAGAAAGGCCCUAUGAGUGCAGCGAAUGCGGGAAGGCCUACAGCUUGAGCUCCCACCUCGUCCGGCACCAGAAGAUCCACACUGCAGGAAGGCUGUAG